GUUACGAGAUUGCAAUUGUAAGUUCGUGUAAUUUCAUAAGAAGACUGAGGAUUGCUGAAUUUUUAGCUCAAGAUGAGUGUCAUACACGAUAAUCCGGAACCUGGAGUUAUAGAUACGGAUCUAUUAAAGAAUUUGGUUAUGCAACAAGCACCUGUCGGAGAAGCCGGAAAAGUAUUUUUGAGAGAUGGAAUAGUUUUGGAGAAAGUUCACACAAUUCGACUAGAGGACCUGAAUAUUCUUAGAAUCGACAAUUUAUGGAUGAUGACAUCCCUAGUGAAACUGCAACUUACAUUAAAUAUUAUUCAGAAGAUAGAGAAUUUGGAUGCGCUUGUAAAUCUGAAAGAGCUGGAUUUAUCUUUCAAUCAGAUCGAGGUUUUAGAAAAUCUGGAAAAACUUACAAAGCUUGAAAUACUCACAGUUUAUGAAAAUAAUAUUAAAAAAGUAGAAAAUAUGGACCAGUUAAUCAAUCUAAAACUGUUUAGCAUUGGAAGAAACAGAAUAGAUGGCAGAGAUAGUGUUGUGUAUUUAAGGCGGUUUCCUCUGUUACGAUCUCUUACAAUGGAAGGGAAUCCAUGUUCACAAGAAGAUGAUUUCACUGAAUACAUUUAUGCGUGUCUUCCAAUGCUAAUGUAUUACCAUUACCGAUUUAUUUACCCACAUGAAAAAGAAGCUGCCAAAAAAAAGUACAGCAAUGUUCUCAAAGAGCUUGAAGAUACAGAAGCUGAAACAGCAGCCUACAUCAAACUAAGGGAGGAAGAAGAAAGGAAGCUCAAAUCCUACACAGCAGCAUUUGUAGAGUAUUUAGACAGUGAUCAGCUCUUUAGUGCUUUAUUUGAAAAUGAUGGAGAUGGUCAAGCACUCCUGAAAAUGGAUGACGAAGUUGUGGAAGUGUGUAAUGAAUUUCAUGAUGAGUUUUGUGCCAUUACGCAGAAAUUGUUUGACCUGGGUCUGAAACAGUAUAAGAUCAGGGAAGCUGAAAUAGAACAGUUCAGUAGAUGUGUGGAAGACGCCAAAGAUAAAAAUGCAAAACAAUUAGAAAGGAUUAGGGAUACCUUCACUGAAAAGAAAGCAUUGUUAUAUAUCAACAUGAAAGCAGCUAUUAGAGCAAUAGAAAAUUGUGAAUGUGAUGCAAAGGUCUAUUAUGCCCAAGCACAGAAGUGUACAGAAGAGUUUAACAGUAUUUGCCAUUCAGCAUUCACAGAUUUUAUGGCUUCAGAGCUUACUUUGAAUAAUCAACUUGAGGUUAGUUUGCAAGGAAUACUGACUACUCUCUUACUAGGCAUAUUAAUUUUAUUUUCAGCUUCAAACUUUUACAGAUUUUCCAUGUCCAGCUAUAGUUUUAGCACCCAGUCAGCUAAGGAACUACCUAGUUAUAGGCAAAACAUUGUCAAUAAUACAGAAAAAAAAAUCAUUAAAGAAAACAUAGAAUAUGAGGAAUAUGCACCAAAAUUGAAAGUGAAUAAAACUUUUGAAAACAAUCUUAGUCAACUGGUGGAAGUGUUUAUCAGGGAUGCUCAAGCUCUGUUCAGUGAAUGCUGUAACAUACAGAAGAUAUUUAGUGAACGAUUGGCAGAAUAUGCUAACUGUUAUCUUACCAAUGCAAUUGUUAGAGCUGAUGAUCCAACAUUUUCAUUGCCACCUGAACUGAAGUCGAUAAUGAUUGACAAAGAAACACUGAAUAAAGCAUCAAAAAAUUCUCAUGCAUAUCACAUACGCAUAAUUAAUGAACGUGAAGAUACACUAGUAGAAAGGGCAAAGCAGUGGGCAAGAAACAUGUGCAGAGAAAUUCAUAGGGAGGAAAUAAGACGAAAUAGAUCAAAAAUUAAUGAGUUCAACCAUUUCUUUGAAAUACAGAGACAAGAAUUUGAAGAAUUAGCUUAUCAGGCAUUUAAGCAUGAAGAAUCUACAGAAUCCCAUGAAAGUCACUGUCAGGAUUAGGAGAUCCUUUUUCUGAAGAGCCCAUCGAGAAGAAGAACACUCACGUGUGUAACAAGCCAAGGUAUAUAAUAAAAAAGGACCAGGUAAUUGUAAGAACUUAACAUGUACACUGUAUUUUUUUUUUUAAAUGAUGACUAUACUGCUUAAUGCUGUUGAUGCUCAUGCUAACUAAAUUUAGUCAUGCAAAUUAGAAA